AUGGCCAAUGAAGAAAGACAACAAGAAAAUAUUCAAGCGCCAGUCACACCAUGGAAUUUAGCGAUUUAUUACCGACGAAUUUUUCCAUCACAUGUUUAUUGUAAAUGGUUAGCGUAUGGAGAACCUGCUGCUUGUCCGCAGUUUUCUCAACGAGAAUUCAGUUUUACACUUGAAAAUGAUGUUUAUCGUCGUUACCUUUCGUUUACUAAUCAUAUCGAAUUUGAAAAAGAAUUGAUUAAAAUGUGUCCGGAAAAGAUCGAUAUCGGUGCAGUUUAUUCGGCCAAACCAAAAGAUCAUAAAAUGCUUUCGACUGCACAGUUUUAUCCAAUCGAACGCGAGCUUGUCUUUGAUAUCGAUAUGACUGAUUAUGACGAUGUGCGAUUCUGUUGUCGUGGUGCGGAUAUUUGUUCGAAAUGCUGGACUUUAAUGAGAUUUGCCAUGCAAAUUAUUGAUCGUGUUUUAUAUGGUUUGUUUUCUCUUUCGAGAAAUGCACGAAAAUGA